AUGCGCAUUAAUCAAUUUGAAGUAGAACGACAAGAGCGAGAACUGUUUAAUCAUAAACAGUUGCUAUUCAAAGGCUCCGCAAGGGUUGAUAUGUCUCGGCUUUACUUUACGAGAACAACUAAAAGGCAGAUGGAUGACGGUCAGAAUGUGAAAAGACUUCGGGAUAUCAUGGGACUUCAAGGGUGCCAGCGGUUGAUGAAUGAUUGCCAUGUGCCAGUCUUGAUACCAGCGGUGGACUGGCAACAUCGGGUGCGCCUGAGAGAUACAAAUGAAGCUAUUCCCGACUUGGACGUCGAUAUCAAUCAUUACGUCCAUGCGCAAAGCCACGAGAGCUUAAUAACUGCAGCCAGGGAGCGACUAGGCCCAAACAGCCAAUGGUGGAUUGCUGAUAUCUAUGUGGUUAAGGAAGAAGAUGAGACCAAACCAGUCCAGAAAAGUCUUGUUAGAUCUUUACAAGAACACUUUACGAACGAGAAUUCACCAUCAGAUGGCCUGGUAUACCAACGUAUCCGAUACUACGAGGGAAAACUUGAUGCUUCCCCAAACCCACUGGCAGCAAAUCACUGGUGGUCGAUGCUGGAGGUCUUCUCUAGAAGGGGAAGAAGUAAAAAGGGCAAAUAUUUAAAGUCGUUCUUCAAACACCCGACACUACCCCAAAAGCUAGAUACCUUGCUGGUUAUUCCCGGGAUCUGGGAAGGCUUGCAUAUUGGACUACUGCAUAAGGUGACAGCUAUGAAAUGUGAUGAGCCAAUUUCUUGCUACUGGGAACACAUACUAGAUACGUUUCAAAAGAUUGUGGGUGGAGACAACCGGCUUCUUUCACUGAUCGAUGCCGCAACGGUGCGGAUACUGGAGUCCCGGGCCCCUGGCGUGUCUGAGAAAGACCUCAAGAUACUAGAAAAAGAGAUGUUCAGCGAAGAGAGACGGCUUUUUUGUUCGGUGGAAGAUGAUGGUCAGCGUGCUCUCAUAUGGGAACAGUUGCAGAAGAUUGAGUAUCCUAUCCCGACCCUCGAAACCUUUUUCAGAGACAGAACCUACCUCGAAGUUGGAAAGGACGCCAUGAGUCGGCUCUUUAUGACAGAUCGAGAUAGAAAACUAACUGUUGACGAGGCUGUCUGCGACCAAUUUGAUUCGCAUCUUCGGAUGACAAUGCCAUCGAUGCAGGGAAUGCUGAAGAGGGACCUCUAUGAAUUUUGGAGGUUUAGCUUCCAAUAUGGAUUUGAAAUUGCAAAGCAUUUGGAGCUUACACAACAUAGACGCCUUAUCCCAAAAACAGAUGAGGAUAAAGAACAUCUAGAUACGCUUCCCCAAGAUACCCUCAGUACUUUAACAAUCUGGCAGAACUUCGUCUGGGUGGCAAAGACAAGAAAUUUCAAGAUUUCUGCAGAGCAUGACGUGCCUUCUCAUCCACCCGAGAUACCGAAUCCUAUAUCUUGCGAUUAUCCAAAUGAUGAUGAUAAAGAGAUUCCGAAGAUACAAAGAAUCGGAAAACCAUAUGAAAAUUCGGUUUUCGUGGAUAGAUUUGCGCUACAGGCAGAGUCAUUACAAAGCUCCUUAUUGACACGUCGCAUCACGGCUGGGUUUCUGCGGAAAUCAGUUUUCAGGGCAUUCUUUCGGUAUCUUGAAGGUGAAACGGCCAUUUCUGAAAGCGGUAGUGAGGUGAAUCUUAGUGGAGAGCCCAUGGAAAGCACGAAUACGCCAUGGAACCCCGGCGUCUUUACUAGCCAGGGAGACAACUGGAUGGAGGGCAAUGAGACUACUGACGUCCCGGUCCUGCAGACGUUUGAGCCAUCAAUAUCAGUCCAGCAUCUGCCCACAAGGAAUAUAGAUGAGAGAUUCAUGGUUGAAAUUAUUUUUGGUGAUGAAAGACGAACACUGAAGCUCCCAGAAGACCAGCAAAUUAUCACACAGUUCUUUGACGAUCUAACUCAACAUCAUUUUCAUGUCACUAUUCCUGGUGAGAACGGGAAGUCUUUGGACAAUGACGCAUGUCAUUCUUAUUUUGUUCGGAAUCCAUGUUCAAGACUACAGGCCGAAUUUCUGUCUGGAAGUUCUUUCAUUGUCUAUGGCUCUACCCAGAGAAUUGGGAAAAGAAGACGUCUAGACAUAUAUGAAUCGCCGCAUUACUAUGACGCUAAGAGCUGGCUAGAGGCUCAGCUCAUCAAAUUCACUGCUGCAACUAGUCCACAUGAGAUAGGACCGGCAUUUACCAACAUGACAGGCACGGAAAAUGUCAUUUCACUAUAA